UAACGCGCGAUAUAAUCACGUGCUUUCAACGUAUUCAUAUAGAGUAUAGACUGAUCCACCAAGUGAGGAGAAAAAGAGUCUCUUUUCAAAGAAAUCUGGUCGAUUUAAAGGAAAAUAUAGGAUUGUGUGGUACAAUGUUCAGGAAGCAUCGACCCCUAGUCUCGGAACAUUACCGAAAGUGCUUCGAAAAAUGUUCCAUCGUGAGUGUAAUAAAAAGUUUCAAAGAUCGCAUUGGGAAAUGCAUUACUAGUUCCUCGACCUGAACUCCCAUAAAAUUAGUGAAAGAUUCACUCGCUUGUGAUAAAUUUAUCUUUAAUUUGUGAGCCUCUGAAGCGCGAUUUUACACGAUUUUACACAAGAAAGAUCAAAAUGAGUCUCCGUAUAUUUCCAUUUUUAUACGAGCCAUUAAAUUCGUGUUACAGAGUCUGAAUGAAAUUCAUGCCUGCGACUGUGAAAUUGCAAUGGACAGGCAAACAGUCGAUCGUUGCCCGUAUGUGCUGAAUUUAAUCGAAAGGACAUGAUUCGUUAACAUUUACUGAAAUCAAAUUACAAAAGAUUUUAAAAAAGGAUUUAAAAAAGAGAAUUGUAAAAUAAUGGUUGUUCUGGCUCCGAGGGUGAAGAUGCUUUUAUUUGUGGUUCCUUUGUGUGAAAGUGAUCAAGUGAUUCCCGAAGGAAGAGCGUAGCAGUGAUAAAAAGGAUCAAUAACAAGUGGAAAGAUCGUUCAGUGGAACAGUCGUUUAUCUUAAAAACUUUUUGGUUCACGGAGGGAAGGAAGAGUUCUGAUAUAGAGAAGGAGCCCUAAUGUUUCCCAACGACAUGGGACUGUUAAUGUUCUUAGCACUCACGGCCUCCCUCUUGGGUUACUGCCAAACAUAUGAAAAAGUUUCGUUUUAUGGAGCAAGCUACAUACAUUUUCCGGUCCAAGAGGCAAAAGGUGCGACUGACAUAAGCUUCCGAUUUCGAACUCACCUGUCCGAUGCUAUUCUGCUGUUGGCUGCUGGGAAGACGGAUUAUUGUUUAAUCAAACUCGAGGCUGGCAGAUUAAAGGUUCACAUUAAUUUAGGUGCUGGGGAGAGUGAAAUACCAAGUGCUCAGCGCCUAACUCUCAAUGAUAAUAGCUGGCAUGAGGUCAACUUGACAAGGCGGGAAGCAAAUAUAACCCUGCAAAUUGACGUAAUCCAUACCACACAAUUUUUGCUGAGAGGAAGAUUUUUUGAGCUGAACAUCCACUAUGGUGUCCUCAUUGGCGGACGGGGAGACUUUAACGAGUUAUUUCUGGGACACAUGGAAUACUUGAGGGGAUGUAUGGCGGACAUCGUUUACAAUGGGGCCAGGGUAAUAGAAUACGCUCGUUCUCGAAAGAGCCAAUCAGAAGCGACAGCAGUCACUUGGGGUUGUUCUCCAGAAUUCGAUGCUACGCGGAGUACAAACAUUAGUUUUGUCGAAGACAAAUCAUUCAUUGCGAUACCGAGACAAAUUCCUCGAUCCGGUUCAAGUUGGAAACUUGAAUUAAAAACAGCCGCUGAAAGUGGAUUGUUACUCUAUAACGCCGGACAGUCCUCAUAUGCAGACUAUUUAGGCAUUGAGCUAAUGGAUAGCCGUAUUCGACUCUUGAUGAACAAAGGAAAUGGGCCUACAGAAUUGAUUCAUUCGACAAUAGUAUCUGAUGGUAAAUGGCACAGCGUAGUUGUUGACUUCAAUCCAAGCGCAAUUGGAAUUACCGUCGACAACGAAGAGAAGUCGAUGGCACUGCCUUCAGGAGGAAAUCGAUAUCUGGACCUAGCAGACACAUUGUACAUAGGAGGUACCGAACUGAACAAGAUGGCCAGAGCCCUCAGCAAGGGCCUCAAAUCAGGGGACCUGAGCUACAAGGGAUGCAUCAGAAAUAUGUUUUUGGAUAACAAGGAAAUCGGCUUACCAGAUGUCAAGGUCAGCCAGGGUAUCGUUGUUGGUUGCGUCUGGGGAUUCCCCUGUGCUGAAGCUGAACCCUGCGUGGAGGGUGCCAACUGUUCUCAGCUGGGGGUCACGUCUUUCAAAUGCACCUGUGAUCAACCUCUUUGCAUCAAACCCACAUUUGCUGAAGAUAACAAGAAUUUCGCAAAUGCUAAUUUGCCGGUAAACCUGGGAAUUUUGAAUCUCUGGCCCCUGGCAGUUUACGAAGGGGAGCAUGUGAUAGUGACUAGUGAAAACAUCGCUAUGGUACUGGACAUUGCUAAAUAUAGGGUCCAGGAAAGUACUGUUAUAUUUACUUUGGUAACACCACCUGCUCAUGGAACAUUGUCCCUGGACCUUCUAAAUAACGGAAGGGACCAUGCAUUCACGUUGCUGGACGUUAAUCAGAAUAAGAUACGGUACAUGCAUGAUGGCAGUGAGACUACAAAAGACAGCAUGAUAUUGGAUUUGACAUUGAUAUCAGGUACUGGAUACACGCUACCAGGUUAUCUUCAAGGGCGCCUGAGAUUCUUGCUCUAUGUCAAUGUGACGCCUGUCAACGACCCUCCUCUGCUGGAAAUACCAACGGCCAAAGUGCUACGACUCGCGCAAGGAACCAGAAAAACGCUGACGAAGGAAUUAAUUUGGGCCGUUGAUGCUGAUACUCCCCCGGAAACGCUGAUGUACACGGUUCUUCGUGCAGAUACUGAUGCCGGGCACGUAGAAAAAGUCACGAAUCCAUCACGUCCUAUCGAUACGUUCACGCAAGCGGAAUUACACCAAGGAUUAAUCGCCUACGUACAUCGUGGAAACGCGAAAUCGAACGCGAUGCUGAAGCUUCAGGUGAGCGAUGGAAUCGAAACUAGCAAACCAGCGAGUUUGCGAGUGUCUGCAUAUCCUUUGCAGAUCAAAUUACUACAUAAUACUGGAUUAGUAGUAGUGCAUCGUUCAUUUUCACACCUUACACCCGCAAAUCUCUCUUUUGUGACUAAUUCCGACGACACAAGUAUUGAAAUUCGCUACGAUAUUGUUGUUCCACCACAAUACGGUGCAAUACAAAAAUUCAAAAAUCAAAGCGGCACCUGGGCGGAUGUUGAUUACUUUAGUAGCAAAGAUGUCGAAAUGGAAGGAGUUCGUUAUAUUCACAAUAUGGGUAGUCCCAGUCACGACGGAUUCAAAUUCCAAGCCAGUGUUAGAGAAGUCAGAACCCAGCAGACGUUUGAAUUCAAAAUUACUUUUAUUGAUUUAGAGUUGAAGGAGCUAAGAAGGUAUGGAAUUAAUUUCACAAAUACGGCAGAUGUUUCUAUAAACACGCAAAGUCUGAGGUAUCAAACAAAUCCGUUAAAUACUUCCCCGAGUAAAAUUACCUAUCGUAUCGAAGCAGUUCCACGCUAUGGUGAUCUUCUAUUGAUUCAGCAAACUUUGAAAAGAAGCAGCAUCUUUACGCAGGAUGAUGUUGACUCAGGGAAACUUAAAUACAGACUCUAUCGAAAAGCAUAUUCCACCAUUGAGGACAAAUUCUUCUUCAAAGUUUCUGCUCCUCAGUGUACAGAUAUAUCUUCUAGUUUGGCUUUUAGGCAUUACGUUGGAAAGAAUAUGAAGGUUCCUGAAAAUUUAGAAGCAUUAGAAGUCGAUGAAGGAUCUAGAGUGCCACUGAAGAUAGUCAAAACAAACUUUAUUGACUAUGGAGUGACAUCCUUAGUCUUCAAUGUUACAACUGGACCUCAUCAUGGCUGGUUGGCUGUAAUGAACGACUCCAAUUCCGUUAAACGAUCAAACGCUACUAAUUUUACUUUGCAAGAACUUUUGUCACAAUUGGUUUACUACAUUCAUGACGAUUCGGAAUCCAAGGAGGACGCUUUCCAGUUUUUAGCUUCCUCGAACAACGCUGCCGAUUUCAUGUACAUUGGAGUCUUUCGGAUUGAUGUUUUGAUGCGAAAUGACAAUCCACCGGAAAGAAUUGAACGAAAAGUGUUUCAUGUAGUAUCUAAAGGAGAGCGUCUCUUAACGAGUAAGGAUUUACUGUACACUGAUAAGGACGUAGAUACAAAACCGAGUGAUUUACUUUAUACCAAGAAGGAUAUUGAGAAUGGCGCUCUUUACAAAAUCACAGACUUUGCUGUACAACUGAAUCAAUUUACCCAAGAGGAUAUCAACAAUGAAUUUGUUAUGUUUCGACAUUAUGGCGAAGAUCAUGGGAUAUUCAAGUUUACUGUCAGCGAUGGUCAGAUAUCGACUCCAGGGGACUUGGAAAUUCAAGCUAGUCCACCCUAUGUUAAUCUUCUACUUGGAAGUCAUCUAGUUGUCCAAUUCAACAAAUCAGCGAUUCUUACUACAAAGGAAAUCGAUCUUGAGACAAACGUCUACGCAGUUGAUAAAGAUAUUAGAUUCACGAUAUUAGAGAGACCUAAACAUGGCGUUUUGAUGAAGCACACAAGGGAGACAACCAGUUUUGACCAUAAUGAUCUCUCGAGAGGAACUGUAUCCUAUAAACAUUUGGAUGGUUCUUCUUCGAACGAUAAUAUUAGGUUCAAAAUUUCCGUGAAAGGUGCUGAAGCUGAAGGUGUCUUGGUAGUGAAAAUCUACCCCGAGAGUUACUGGGAAGCACUUGUCGUUCAAAAUAAUAAAACUAUUUUUGUGGAAGAAGCUACAGGCAUUUUAAUCAGUAAAAAGAGUCUUGAGAUAAUGCAUCCCAAAAUUCCAGCGAACCAGAUAACGUAUCAUAUACAGGAGUGGCCAAAGAAUGGAUACUUGGAAGUACAGCAACAAGAUGAAUACAGUGAAGAGACCAGAGAGGAUUACAGCAGCACUCUAGUUAAGCACUUUGAGCAAAAUUUAAUCAACGAAGGUCGUGUCCACUACGUGCACGCUGUAAUCAAUCAGACCCAAGACAGAUUUGUUGUAGAUGUAACGAAUGGAAUCACUUCACUAAGAGGUCUGAGUGUAAACUUCAUUAUCAUCCCAGAGAAAUUAUACAUGGGUUCUCAAAAUCUUACUGUAAUCGAAGGGAAAACAGUUGGAUUUUCUCCUAAUGAUUUUUUUCCGAUCACUUCUUACUAUGCUGGGAAGAUAAAUGAUUACAGAGUGACAGAGAAACCAAAACACGGAUCAGUAGUCGACUCGACGAAGAACUCUCAAGUCAAGAAGUUUUCUCAGAAGCAUAUUAAUGCUGGUGUUAUUGUAUACAAACAUAAUGGCGACGAAUCCUUUAGCGACAGUUUCAAGAUGGUAGUGACUGCUGAAGAUAAGGCUAGUGAACCCUUUGAAGUUUGGAUCAAUAUACAACCAGUGAAUGAUGAGGUUCCUAUUCUUACUAAUGAGACCAAGUUAAGUGUUUGGCAAGGAGGGUCUACUGUUUUCACCUCAGCUCAUUUGAACGCAAUUGAUAAUGACACUACCCCUGAUGAUAUCAUUUACAACGUAACGAGUGUCAAGAAUGGAUUUAUUUCACAUGUUGCAUUCCCUGAGAGGGAUAUUUAUAUGUUUAGUCAGGAGCAGGUCAAUCAGGGAAAGGUUCUAUUCACACAUACUAAUGGAACCGAUGCUCAGUUUUCAUUCACCCUCUUUGAUGGUAUCCAUUCAACUGAAACGUACAUGAUUCCAAUUAUCACGAAACCAGUUCGACUGCUAAUCCGACAGAACAACAUCUUGAAUGUUUUUCCACUAACCAGAAAACCAGUAUCUGAUAAAUUACUGUUGACGACUUGUCCAGACAGUGAUAGAGAAAUUAGAUAUAUAGUCAGAAGUCCGCCAAGGAUGGGAAAAAUUAUAAUGGAAACGAGUGAAGGAGCCUGGCAAGAAGUUAACAGAUUUACGCAGAGCAAUAUCAACCAGCAUAAAGUCACAUACGAGCAUACCAAACAAUUUAUGGAUCUGUAUGCUAAUGAUUCCUUCACCUUCGAUGUUGAAACACAUUAUGCCAUACCAAUUACUAAUCAGAUUUUCAAAAUUGAUAUAUCAGUCUCCAGUGGUGGACUGGAUAGAUAUGUUAUAGUAUCAACAGUUGUAGUCGAAGAAGGUGGUCAAGCCCAAGUGAUGAUGAACAUCAGCGGGAUAAUAAACUUCCUAAAAACUAAAUCUGGCAUCACAGAUCCAACAGUGCGGUUAAAGUUGGUUACUCGUCCUAAUCAUGGUCAUGUUAUGCUUUUGCCUGAUCUAAACAUCACAACAUUCGAACAACCACAACUGGAAGGAGGAAAUGUUGGAUACUUCCAUGAUCAUUCUGAUACCCUGGAGGACAGCAUUGGAUUUUCUCUUUAUCUUACGGCCCCUCAGCUGACAAGACAAGUAUUUCUCUGCAACGUCAGUGUUCCCGUGAUGAUAAAUGCAGUCAACGAUGAGCCCUUUAAGCUCGAAACGAAUGAACCCUACAUUAUAGUUGUUCAGAAUCAAAAUCAGACGAUAACUCAUGAGGAUUUGUUAACAGUCGAUGCAGACACCGGACCUGAGGAUCUGAUCUAUCAAGUAAUAUCAGGUCCAACUCACGGCAGACUACUCUUAUUGCCUUUUGAGCAAAAUUCAUCACAGGUGCAACUAGCGAAUAAAUUCUCCCAAUUUGACAUUGACUCUUCCCGAGUAGUUUACGAGCACAGUGGUCCUUUGCAAGCAGCUUCUUUCUAUUUCCGAGUCUCGGAUGGACGUUUCAAUCCCUCUUACAAAGUCUUCAAUGUCCGCGUUUUACCCAUCAGGUUAAACGUAACUGUUCCUUCUCCAGUUUCGAUUCAACAGGGGCAAAAUAUUGCUGUCAUUUCCGAACAAAAUGUGAAAUUGGACUCCAAUGCGAGACAAGAUUUAGUGAUCUACGAAGUAACCAGAUCACCAAAGCACGGUGUCCUUUACGUACGAGACAUGGCUGCAGUCACUUUCAAACAAACAGAUUUGCUUUCGAAAAGUGUGGUAUUUAUGCAAACGGACAUGACUAUCUCAAACGAUAGUCUGGAACUAGCAGCUCACCUAAGUGGCUUCGAAGUUAAGCAUAUACAUAUUGACAUAAAGGUCGUACCUUUGAUGAUCAUGAACCCACUGGUGACUCUAGUUGGGGAAAAGAGAAAACUAUCACUCCAAUAUUUGGAUGCAACUCCGCUCGCCACCUUGACAAACAGCAAUCCGGUGUACACAAUAAUCAAAAAGCCUAAGUUCGCGAAGCUCAAGCGGAUUAUCAGGAGUUCCUCAUCAUCUGGGGAAAAGAGAGGUACUCGAGAAAAAGAGGUGGCUCGAUUCACCCACCAGGAAAUCGUCUCUGGUGUGAUUUACUUGGUCUGCAAAAAAAUCCCCACUGUGGAGUUUGAAGGACUUCAAGACAAUUUUGGUUUCAUCCUAGCAGCUUCAAUUUUCCAACCAGCGGUGGGAGAAUUUUCAUACCGAUUAAAAAUGGAUUUAGAGGAUUACAAUAUGACUCUCGGUGGGCCAAUGGACCCAGUAGGUCAUGAAGGCGAGAUGGCAAUAGCACCUAACAUGAGCAACGACUAUUUGCUAAUUCUAGGGAUGUUGCUCGGAGUCUUUCUCCUUGGAGUUCUGGUGAUUAUAACAAUUAGAUAUAGGCAAAAUCAAUACAAGCAUGCGGAAGAUGAGGACAAACAAGAGACGAGUCCAGCACUUAGUGUGAUGCCACUUCCAAGGCCUCCUGAUCAUCUGAUGCCCGCAACACCGCAUCUUAAAAGAUUUGCUAAUGAUCACAACAGCCUAACUUCCAGCACACCUUUGCCUUCUCUUCCAUCGAUGACUUCCACAUUACCCCAGUGCAAAGUCAUUCCUCUCAGUCCUCUGGAAAGCAUAACGGGCUCCGAAGUAGAUGUCUCUUCCAGGUAUCCCUACGGAGUCGCUGAUGGAGAGGAAUGGAGUAGUUUCGAAACAUCAGAUCUACCUUGCCAAUCGGCAACUUCCCAGAGGCCCAAUCCUCUUUUGAGAAGGAAUCAGUACUGGGUCUAGCAAGAGGCCUACGUCCAUCGCGGACGAAAAGAUCCAUAACCUCUGUAAUAUUUAUCUUCUUCUGAAAGACUGACAUGAGUCAAGAUUAUCUCAUCGCUACUUCGAACUCAAUGUGCCUAAGAAAGUAAGACUUUUCGAAGCCUUUCUACGAUCGUGCGAGCCAAGACCUUAAAGAUAGGGGCCGCUUGCGAAGCCGCUUAAGUGUGAUUGUUAUUUUUAUUAAGUGUGUAUUUAUCAGGACUCCAGACUGCAUCGAGAACAGUCUCAAGAUUUAGUUUUAAUGUUUUUUUUGUGAUAAAUGAUGCAUCGAGAGAAAAUUGGAAAUCCUAAAGCACUCUAACCCAAGAUUUCUUUUACCGAUACAUCGAUCAAUAGAAAGUUCGUUUCCGUGCUAAAUUUCGUAAAUUCUUUCUCUCGGUAUAUCAUAACGUGUAAAAUUAUAAUGAAAGUACUGAUCGAACAAGUCUACUCCAGUGAUAAAAACGAGAACAUGUUCUGACCCAAGGGCCUAAAAAAAGUACUAGCAAUUCGACCCUCGUUUAAAGAGACGCGGAUAUCAGUGCAAAGACUGCACGCUCAAACCAGGGAACAUAAAUAAUUUUUGUACUAGAGUAAACAAACAAACAAAAAAACAAUUUCUCAUCGAUUCGCGAUGAAAUUUCUGACUAUAAAAUUGCAUUUAGCUGAUGCCUCGAGAGCUCAAGUAUUAAACAUAUCUUUUUAAACUCCCUUCACGUACUUCUCCAUACCUGCACUGAACUGUAGCAGAAACACGAAAAAUGUAUAUAAUACAUGUAAAAUUUCCAACUUGAACUUUAGUUAAGAAAGCAAAAAUCCUAGCUUAGUUGAAAUUAUUCACAUAUUUUAGCUUUGAAAGCAAAUUUACCUUAAUUUUUAUUAUAUCGAAACGUGUUUCCAAAACAUUUCUGUAUCCAUUCUGCACGCUAAGUAAAAUUAUUUUCUUUUACUUCUUUCAUACCGAAUAAUGCGUUAGUAAAUAAUACUUCCUUUUUAAUUUUUAAAAAUUUAAAUUUGAUCUUUAUUGAAUUAUUGAAUUGUUGAAUAAAUUUUAUCUUGUUUUGACAGUAGCACGACUUUCAUUAGGAGAGGUAUUUUUCGUUAAAAAUAGGCCAAUACAAUCUGACUAACGUUGAAAAAUAAUUUAAAUUACAAGAACGAUUUUUAGUUGGAAGAUAGAAUUCCAAAGGCCAUAACCCACAAAUUUUUAAAACUGAGAUUAUUGGCUCAAAACAAUCAAAAGAAUUCUCUAACGGACCGCGUGAACGUUCCGGUUACACAACUGUGGAUCCGUAAAGUGACCACAUAGUGACCAUAUAGUGACCACAUAGUGACCAUAAUUAGGUCCUCAUGAAACGCUACUUUUUAAUUAUGAUUUAUUGAAAAAUAAUAAACAGACAGUGCUCUAUUUUAUUUUGAAUCCAACAGUAGAUUAGAUUAAUCUUUUAUAUUCUUAUAGUUAAUUAUUAAUAGCUUAUUAUUCAUUUAUAUUUUAUUAUUUUACAAACAAAAAAAAGGCUAUUCGAAUGUAAUGAAGGUUGCUUUUAAAACUUAUUUUCGUUUUUUACAUAUUCUUAAGUAUCCCACCUCAAAAAUUCGCACUGCCUAUUUUAUAUUUUUCAAGGGUUCGUCCCAAGUAAGUCGCAUGAACGGAACGAUUACGCAAUUGCGUAAACAUAAAGUGACCACAGUCACCGUCAAUUUUACCUUGAAAUUUACUGGGUCACUAGGGCAUAUUCUUAUCCUUAUUCGCAUUUAUUCGUAAUUUCACAUAGUACUCAUUCCUUUUAUCGCUUCACACAUUCAAAUUAAUUUAAUUGUAUUUAUUAAUGUGUUCAAAAGUUAAGAAUUUUAUAAAAACCUGUGCGCGGCCACCCGAUGACCUUCAAAGUCAUUUCAAUGUCCAUAUUUUUCAUUGGAAACCCCCUUUUUCACAUCGGCAAUCUAUAGAGCUGUAAAUUCUACGUUCGAAAAUGGUCUGAGUACAUAUUCGAACGUAAAAUUCACCUGUAUACAUUGCAAAUGUAAAAAAGCGGGGUCUUCAAUGAAAAAAUUGACCUUGAAAUGCCCUUGAAGAACAUCUUCAAGACCAUGCUUAAGGUUUCUACUGAAUGAGCCUUUUUAAAGUUAGUUACUUCGCUCCUUACGAACAAAUUUAAAAAGCUGAUAUUUUCAAAUGCAUGCAGACCUUGUUUAAAUUUAAAUGACCUUAUAGUGAUCUUCAAAGUUACAUUGAACGUAUGAAUUGGGUGCAUAUUUAAACGUAAAAUUUUCCGCUCUAUCGAUUGUCGGUGGAAAAAAAGGUUUCCAUUUUUUUUUAACGUUCACCUUGAAAAAACCUUGGAGGUUAUCGUCAAGAUCUAAAUAAAGGUCAGCAUUUUAUUCCUUUUAAAAAUUUACUUCAACAAUGACCUUGACCCCCCUGAAAAGUAUCCUAACUGAGGAAAUUUUGGCCGUCCUAGGGCUUUUGUGACACCCUGGUGAAAUUGUGAAAAAUUAUGAAAAUAUGCCCGGAACGGUCCCGGUGUGAUCACUUUACGGUCAGGCAAUUCCGUGAACGGAACGUUUACGAGGUCCGCUAGAAGGGUGUCGCUAUUGCAUCCUAUAAAAUCUGCAAAUAUUAUAAUUGACGUGGCACAAAAUGACAUCCAUUACUCCGAUUAAUUUUUUUAAAUUUCUUUUUAAUAAUGAUCGAGAAAUUACUCUGAAAUAAAAAAUAGUGCACAUUGUCACUAUACUGAAAACCAUGCAAGAAUGACCUCAAAUAGUUUUGUUUUUAAACUCUUUGCUAAAUUUAUCAAUUACGAGCUGCAAUCAUUAAAAAUAAACUACCAUCGCAACAAAUUUUCAGAAGUAUCGCUUAGAAACUAAUGUUACUACGUCCUGUACAAUCAAACCGAUCAGUCGUUUUAUAUUAGAAACUUUUUAUACAUAUAGAUUAAUAAUUACUGCUUCAAGUGUAAAUAUGAUGUAUCUAAGUAAUUUAGAACAUUUGUAGAUAUUUAUAUACAAAUAACUGUUUGCCGCAAAAAGAGCAUAUAGCAGUGUCAACUAGAUCACGUUUUUAAAUCGAAAUGAUAAAAAAGUAAGCCUAAAAUUAUACUAGAUACUAGAAUACAUUUUAAGUUAAUAUAUAGAUAACAAAAUCAAAUUCUUCCUUCUCGUAGGGAUAAGAAGUGAAAAUUUGGUUUAAUUACGUGGUCCAGAUUGCACUGUUUUUGAAGAAAAAUUCUGUAGCACGUAUUUCAUACUAUUUUGUAAACAGUGCGCGUGAAAAUUAACGUAUAAAACUCAACAGGAAACGAAACUCCCGUACGAAUAACCCCGAAAA